AUCAGGACCAUGCUACGUUGGGAUAUCAUGGUGUGUUGAACAGAGGGGGCCGGUCUUCACAUCAACAUUCAGCCCUUCCAUACAGAUAUAUAUAACAGUAAUGGAUUUAGCCUUCUUUCAUGAACAAAUUUUCCUUGGAAGUGUGAUCAGUCUGGCAAAACUUUGUUGUACUACACAGGAAAGAAGACGAAGUGGGGAAUAGGAAGUGUAACCUUCCCAAUGGCGCGGUGUCAGAAUUUGAAGCCCACUGCUGUAAUACUGGUUGUUUUCUUCGUACUGGCAGUAUUAAACAUCUUAUUUAAGAAGAUUCUUGAUGAGGGUACAAAUCAGUUGGUUAUAGUCACAUACAGACUGACAGCAGGUGCUAUUUUUUUGUCACCUAUUGCCCGCUUCUGUGAAAGGAAAAACGGAGUAAAGCUUACAACUCCAAUCUUGUGCUAUAUCUUCUUCAGUGCUCUGAUUGGGGCAACAUUCGCUCAAUUCCUGUAUCUUCUCGGGACUCAACACACAUCUGCUGCCUUUUCCAGCGCAUUCUCCAAUAUGAAUCCUGUAUUCACAUUCCUUUUGGCUUUACCACUACGGCAAGAGCGUGUGAACUUGAGAAGAAAACACGGGAUAGCUAAAGUAUUAGGUUCACUUACUUGCAUCGGUGGAGCUAUGGUACUCAUCUUUUACAGAGGAAUUCCACUGUCCACAUAUCAUGCUAAUAACUCGAGUAACACUUCCAAGGUUGGCAGCAAGGAAAAAUGGAUUCUUGGAUCAAUUUACCUUCUGUUAAGCGUCCUGUGCUGGUCUGGAUGGUUUCUUUUACAGUCAAAGAUCGGGAAGAUAUACCCACUUAAAUACUCGAGUACAGCGUUGAUGUCAACUUUUGGUGCUGUUCAGUCAGCAAUCUUAUGCUUUUCCAUCAACAGAGACACUACCAUAUGGAUUCUGAGGGGAAAGCUGCAAAUUUUUACUGUGUUAUCUGCUGGAAUAAUGGGUUCUGGAAUGUGCUAUGUUGGGAUGUCAUGGUGUGUUGAGCAGAAGGGCCCGGUGUUCACUGCAGCAUUCAGCCCUUCCAUACCGAUUUUUGUUACUAUAAUGGAUUUCGCCUUCUUUCACGAACAAAUUUAUCUUGGAAGUGUUAUAGGAUCCAUCAUGGUUAUAUGUGGUCUAUAUACACUUCUUUGGGGUAAAAGUAGCGAAGCGCGACAUAAUGCCAGUAAACCAGCUGAAGCAAUGGAAUGCAAUGGUACUUCUGCAUCUGCAAUCAACAUUGCUGAAGUCACCUCCAAUUCUUAGAUUGUUUUAAUUGCAUUUGUGCUCUACACCAUUACAAUGUUAAGUUAGAAUCUUUUGAAUUUGUUUGGCCUUUGUAAUAGAGGAUACUAAGGUAUACCAGUAAUUGUACUACUGUACGAUAUUAUUAUAUACGAAGUAUAUGAGUUUCAAGCA